GCCAGGUAUUUUUUCCAAACUUCCAUUCCUUGAGUCGCUGAAGGUGAGAAAAAGGCCUGCGGGCCAGGCGGACAAGAACCCCAGGUGGAGCCAGCGAGCAGCUGCGGCCCCCGCGCGCCACAAGUGGUUCGCAAAGCCGGCAGAGUGCGGUGGGCGGCGCGGGCCGCGACAGCCAGGCGGGCUGGGGGCGGCUGUGUUUCCACCUCUCCCUCGGCCUCUUGCCCCCGGCCCUCGUUCCUUCCUCUUGAUCCGCUAGAGGAAUGAUGACGCCCCAGCCCGAACCUCCGCACUCAACACACGGCCACAUCGCCACCCCGGGGAGGGUCCACGAGGCAGAGGACACGGCAGCGGCUGCGGCCAGGGGGAGCGCCAGAAGCUGGUGAGGCAGGUAGAAAGUGGCAGAGAAACAGAAGCAGGAACAACACAACACAAACAGUCCCUCCAAGUGCUGAUGGUUUAGCUGGAACUUGGGUCCUGUGCACGACAAAGCAGGCUCACUAUCAAGAACUACUGUUUCCCUUUCGUUGACCAUUCUGCAUGGACGCCAAGUUCCUCCCGUGAUUUAAUGGAUGAAAAGGAGAUGUCAGUGAAAAAAAGGAUCCAGAAUGAUUACUAACCUAUGACGCCCAACAGUAUGACAGAAAAUGGCCUUCCAGCCUGGGACAAACCAAAGCACUGUCCAAGCCGAGACCACGACUGGAAGCUAGUAGGAAUGUCUGAAGCCUGCCUGCACAGGAAGAGCCAUGCAGAGAGGCGCAGCACAUUGAAAAAUGAACAGUCAUCACCCCAUCUCAUCCAGGCCACCUGGACCAGCUCGAUAUUCCACCUGGACCCAGAUGAUGUGAACGAUCAGAGCGUCCCAAGUGCCCACACCUUCCAAACAGAGGAGAAGAAAUGUAAAGGGUACAUCCCCAGUUACUUAGACAAGGAUGAGCUCUGUGUGGUGUGUGGUGACAAAGCCACAGGGUAUCACUACCGCUGCAUCACCUGUGAAGGCUGCAAGGGAUUCUUUAGAAGAACCAUUCAGAAAAAUCUCCAUCCAUCCUAUUCUUGUAAAUAUGAAGGAAAAUGUGUCAUAGACAAAGUCACACGGAAUCAGUGCCAGGAAUGUCGCUUUAAAAAAUGCAUCUACGUUGGCAUGGCAACAGAUUUGGUCCUGGAUGACAGCAAGCGACUGGCAAAGCGGAAGCUGAUCGAGGAGAACCGAGAGAAGAGACGGCGGGAAGAGCUGCAGAAAUCCAUCGGGCACAAGCCAGAACCCACAGAUGAGGAAUGGGAGCUUAUCAAAACUGUCACUGAAGCCCACGUGGCCACCAAUGCUCAAGGCAGCCACUGGAAGCAGAAACGGAAAUUCCUGCCAGAAGACAUUGGACAAGCACCAAUAGUAAAUGCCCCAGAAGGUGGAAAGGUUGACUUGGAAGCCUUCAGCCAUUUUACAAAAAUCAUCACACCAGCAAUUACCAGAGUGGUGGAUUUUGCCAAAAAGUUGCCUAUGUUUUGUGAGCUGCCAUGUGAAGACCAGAUAAUCCUCCUCAAAGGCUGCUGCAUGGAAAUCAUGUCCCUUCGUGCUGCUGUGCGCUAUGACCCAGAAAGUGAGACAUUAACCCUAAAUGGGGAAAUGGCAGUGACACGGGGCCAGCUGAAAAACGGGGGUCUUGGGGUCGUCUCGGAUGCCAUCUUUGACCUGGGCAUGUCUCUGUCUUCUUUCAACCUGGAUGAUACUGAAGUGGCUCUUCUUCAGGCCGUUCUGCUGAUGUCUUCAGACCGUCCAGGGCUUGCCUGCGUUGAGAGAAUAGAAAAAUACCAAGAUAGUUUCCUACUGGCUUUUGAACACUACAUCAAUUACCGAAAACACCACGUGACACACUUUUGGCCAAAACUCCUGAUGAAGGUAACAGACCUGCGGAUGAUCGGAGCCUGCCACGCCAGCCGCUUCCUGCACAUGAAGGUGGAAUGCCCCACGGAACUCUUUCCCCCGCUGUUCUUGGAAGUGUUUGAGGAUUAGACUGACUGGAUUUAUUCUCAUAAUUCCUACAGCACUACUGGGAGUCAUUUCAUUCCAUUGCCGAGAUCGUUUUUGUUUGUUUGUUCCUUUGUUUCUUUGUGUGGAGAAGAACUGUUUGGGGGUAAAGGGAGGUAGUGUUUGGCAUAGACGUAGAUGAAAUUGCCCCUUGAAUGCAGCUCCUUGUAGCUAUGGCAUUUUCUCUCCAGCCCUUUGAUGUGAAUCCCUUAAAGGUUUUGCAGUUGUGGAGGUGGGGUGGGGGACAAUCAUUAAUUCACCAGCACCUAGCCAUCACCAGCUCCCAUCCAUCCCGUUAGAGACUCAAGCAAGCAAAAUGGUGCAGCAGAAGACUAAAGAAGCCUUAAAACUGAAAUAAUGUUUUCUGGUCCCCAUCAUGUUGACUCAAUCCUGAGUUUUGCAGGGCUGAAACUGGCUUUUAGCUUUUUUAGGGAAACAUCUGAGCAAAUGUUAUCAACUCAAAAGCAUGCUCUUCAGUCUCCUCUGGCAACAUAACUUAGAAUGUGCAGAAUAUUUAUUCCUGAGAACCAAAAUACCAUUUCAUUUUAAUUGUUAGAAUCCAUGAUUUAUUCCAAGCUACUCAAGAGCAUGACUCAAAGAUGUGCAGGUGUUUGACUGAUGGAGGCCAAACAGGAGACCAGUUUCCUUUAAGGUGCCCAAGGAAAUUAGGAAUACUCACCAAUGUCAAUGACUGAAUGGUUUCCAAAAAUUCAAAUAAUAUUACCUCGUAGUAGAAAGGUUUCUUUACAAUUUAGACUCGAAGAAAAUUUCCACAAAUCAAACCUAUUUAGAGUAUCAUCACUUUUCAAUGAUACCUAAUCCAUCACCUUCCAAACUCUUGAAGUUAUGAAUCCUGAUUGCAUCUUCACUGAGCUGACAACAGAUUCCCCUGUGGAUCAAAUCUUCUAAUCAAGGAGAGGACAUGUUGAAUGUUGAGUCUUGUUCCAAAGAAGAGAAUAGUGUGAUUACAUUCUGAGUUGAAGGAAAUGCAGUGUUCUGACACCCCACUUCAUGUGUUGACAGCUUGAGAAACCUUCCUUCUCUUUUUAGAUCCUAGAGGUCUUCAUUUUUCUGAUAAAUGUUUUCUGGCCCCCUUUUCCCUCUUAACUAUAAAGCUUGACCAUGGCUAAGCAAAGUCUGGUCUGGCCAUUGACUCUAUCUGUCCCUCUUACAGCAUUUCUCUGACACAUAUUCAACAGAAUACACCUGCAGACCAUGUACAUAUGAACCCUUAGUCACCUGCCCUGCCUGUCCUGCUUCCCCAAUAACAAAUGCUGGAGUAGUUUGUACCUGAAAACAAAUGGUGACACCUCAUCGCUUCAACGUCAGCAAAUGGGUAAAGGAUGUACCCAUGCAAUUGAAUGUAUCUUGUUCUUCACUAGCAUAGCAGACAUGAACUAUUCCUUUGCCUGCCUUGUACUGCCUUAUCCUGGAAAUAUUGGGGAAAAUAAGCCAUAUCCAAGGGAUUUACCUGAAAACAAUGGAAUGAAAUUCACUGUGAAAACCAA